AUGACCAGGCCAUCACUUGAAGGCUUGCCGGUGGAAUUACAUAUCUGCAUCUUGUUUAAACUCCGGGACCUGGAUUCUCUGCGAUCCCUUGUCCUUGCAUCGCCUGAUUAUUAUCAAGCUUAUCACCUGGUUAGAGAUGAGCUUCUUCUGAGCAUCCUGCAAUCUUCACAUGAUGACCUUGUGGAUGUUGCAGACGCAAUAGCUGCCAUCCGCUCCAAAGGACUGUACGCUUGCAAGCUAUCAAACCGGGAAAAGAUCAUUGCCCUCUUGGAUAGCCGACGACGAAGCGAAGAGAUCCGCCGCCUAGGCUUAUUAUCUCCAUUUCCUGACCAACCGGCCACUGUCGAAGAGACUGUUCAAUUAUUGCAUCUCCAUAGAAUCGCCACUUUUCUCCUUGAUGAUUACUCGAGGACAGCGAGAUUUCCGGAGUGGAUGCCCACAGAGAAAUGGAAAAACAAAAGUUUGAUCCUAUCCAGGACGGAGCAAAGGCGCUUUUUCCGAGCAUUCUAUCGGAUGCAGAUUUGGGGCAAUAUAUUUGCUCACAUUGAGCUUCCCCUAGGCGCAGACGAACCGGAAGAGGAGAACUACUGGUUUAGGGCCCCUGAGGGAGUCCCACCUGUGUUUAAAGAAGAAGAAGUAUGGCGUCUUUUCUUCGGAACCAUGGCGCCGUGGGAGGUGGAAGAAAUUGCCAGUUUCUGGAGACAUUGCUACCAUCGAUGGGCGGACCCAUAUUUCGAGGCUUCCGACAACCUUUUAUCUUACAAUGUUACCUUUAUAAGUGAUAUUCCGCCCGACGAGCAACCUCCCUUGAUGCGUUACUGGGACGACUGUCGCGAUCUCAAAAUUAGAGAAGGCGAGUGUAGAGAGAGUUUAGCCUGCAUGGGACCGUCAUUUCUCGUCAAGAUGCUUCGCGAACGGAACUUCCGGGCUCGGCGAGACCUGGUGCUCGCAAACGCCAUAAGUUGGCAUCAUUUCUUGGGCGAAUAUUGGCCGAGGCCGGAUUUUGAAAUGCCAGGAGCGUUGCCCCUUCUCUACCCUGCAGAUAGAUUCAACUUUGGCACGGACUUGGACGGACUCAAGGAGUUUUUGAACACCUUGCAACCGCAUGAACGACCUAAUGUCGCCUGGACGCAGCUGUGGCUGGGAGCAGGGCUGGACUACCCAGAGGUGUUUGUGGAUAUGUUCUGCUAUGGCGAGCCUUCUUCAUGUUGGGACUGGGGUUUUGCUUUAUGGAGUGACGAAAGGCUGGUUGAAUGGGGCGCACUGGAUCAGCCCAGUCUCAGGAGAGACGUAUACACAUAG